AUGUCGCCCAAGGCGAUGUCUAGACAGCAGCUUCUCACGACUAUUCACUCCAUGCUUAUUCCACCCAUUCUUCCUAAAGAACUUCUGUUUACCAUCCGAUUUCAUGGAAUUGCUAGAACACCACCAACAAAACGUGGAAGAAGAGGUGGAAAGUCAGCACAAGCGAGCUACAGCAGAGCCAAGCAGUUCCUUCAUUGUUCACUUGUCAAUGCCAGAUCACUGCUCAGCAGAUCGCACAUCGUUCAACAUCAUAUUAUUGAGAACAAUCUUGACUUUGUAGCCAUUACAGAAUCCUGGCUACCAGUUGAAGGUGGUGAUGAAAUCUUACGGGGAACUUGUCCAGCUGGCUACUCGGGCCUUCACGUACCGCGGACGGGCAGGAGAGGUGGAGGAGUGGCAGUCAUCUACCGAAACACACUGAUUCCGGACUUUGAUUGGAGAAUUGAGAGGUAUUCAAAUGUCUGGUACCCGUUCCAUUAUCACGAGGAUCGCAAUGUGACGAGUUGGUUGUUUGACAAUCUGCGCAUUUCUUUCUACUGGCGUGACCUCAUCAAAGAUGAUUUGAUUGCCGAUUUCAAGCGCUGGGCAUCAACCGACGACGACAGCCAAGCGCCAGAUUUCAUUCUCCUCGGAGUGACUGCCCAUCACAUCGACCAAAACAAUCGGAGCACAAUCGCAGACAGUUUCCGAACGUACGAGAAGCUUUUGGAAAAGCAACUGAUGUCGCUCAUCAAUCAAAGUCUGACUGUCCAUCCACGCCAGGAGAUUGUCUGGCUGCUCCAGAGUCUCACCAGCAUGGACCGAUCUAAUCGCGGUUUUUUUCCCGAAACCAUUCGGAUGUACAACAACGCCGUUCGCCUUAUCUUGAAAGACACUCGAGUGAUGAUGUGGGAGACGAUUAAUCUCAUAGUCGAGGAAUACCUUCGAGGCUGUGCUCUGACCAGUGACGAGCGCCGAGAUAACGAAAACACCGAUCACGAGCGAGUCGACAACGGAUACCUGAAUGUUGUGUAUUUGUGUUGA